ACAUUUCAAAUAAAACGUCCAUUGUUGCCGUACGAGUGCGUCAUUGUCCAUAUCUGUUUCUAAAAAAAACUUAAUUAUUGUUUCUUCCGGACUGUAUAAAUAUUUUCUAACAAAUUAAACAUUCCAAUUAAAUAAAAAAUAAAAAAAACAUUCACAAAAAAUGUCACGAACAUCGCAAAAAUAUAGAAAUUUCGUUGCUGAACCAAUGGGUGACAAAUCUGUGAUGGAAUUGGCCGGCGUUGGAGAAACAUUAGGAGGACGACUCACUGAAGCUGGUUUCGAUAAGGCAUACACUGUUCUAGGGCAAUAUUUGAUUCUCAAGAAAGAUGAAGAACUCUUCAAGGAAUGGAUGAAGGAUGUUUGUAAUGCGAGUUCGAAGCAAGCGUCAGAUUGCUACCAUUGUCUGAAUGACUGGUGCGAGGAGUUCUUGUGAAUAAUUUUUAAUGUUCUUUACUUUUCCAUAUCUUUAGUGUUAAACUUCUCUAUAAAUAUAAUAAUAAUUUCUGUAUACACUUUCAAAA